GGGGUGCUCCCGGCUCGGGUGCGAGCCCCCAUCCUCCCGGUGACCCCCGGACCCCGCCCGGUGAAUCGCCAGCCCCCCGAGGAUGAAGACGCUGGUCCGGCUCUUCCUCACGCUGGUGUGCGCGAUGGUGGUGGCCGUGCUGUACAUCCUGCUGGGCUACCGCGCCCGCAUGCAGCCCUGCUGCCAGGCCCCGGGGCUGCGGGACAGCCCCGCCACAUCCAGCGUCCGCAGCUUCCAGGGGUACAGCCGCGUUCCCGACGGGAAGCCUCUGGAGCGAGCGCUGUGCCGCCACUGCGCCAUCGUCUCCAGCUCGGGACAGAUGCUGGGCUCCCAGCUGGGACAGGCCAUCGACAGGCAGGAGUGUGUCCUGCGCAUGAACCAUGCCCCCACCACCGGCUACGAGCAGGACGUGGGGGCACGCAGCACUAUCCGGGUGGUCUCACACACCAGCGUUCCUCUGCUGCUGGGGAACCAGCCCUACUUCUUCCAGCAGUCCCAAGAGACCCUCUACUUUAUCUGGGGGCCAGCAAAGAAGAUGAGCAGGGAGAAGAUGGGCUCAACCUACCAGGCACUGCUGAAGGUGACAGAGAAGUACCCCCAGCUGCAGAUCUACACCCUGACCGAGGAGAAGAUGGCAUACUGUGACGACGUCUUCCAGAAUGAGACAGGGAAGAACAGGAUGAAAUCCGGCUCCUUCCUGAGCACGGGCUGGUUCACCAUGAUCCUGGCCAUGGAGCUGUGCGAGCAGAUCUGUGUCUUUGGCAUGGUCAGCGACAGCUACUGCAGGGAGAAGAACCACUCCAGCGUGCCAUACCACUACUUUGAGAAGGGCCGGCUGGACGAGUGCAAGAUGUACCUGAUGCACGAGCGAGCUCGCCGUGCUGGACACCGCUUCAUCACCGAGAAAGCCAUCUUCUCCCGCUGGGCCAAGAGGAGCAACAUUGUUUUCAACCACUCAUCCUGGGCAGGCAGGUAGGGUGCCAGCCACAGGGUGAAGCAGCAGGAAGUUCGGUGGCAGGGCAGCUCUCAUACUGCAGCAACGUGUCUCAGCUCUGCCGGUGCCGUGGUUGGACACCUUUUGCCAAGCCCUGGAGCAGGGAGUCUCCGUGCCUGCAGCAGCAGUGCCUGUUUCCCCAGCUGGUGGAUAGGCUGGGGACCCCCUGUUGGUACAUGGGGGGCAAUGAGCUGGACCCGUGCAGCCCCAUCAGCUCCAAACACCUGCCUGGAUGGACCCAGGGAGACCUGGUUUUCUGCUCGCUCUACUAGGAGGAAUAUUUAAUGCUGGAUUAGACAUGCUGCUAGACUCCAGCAGGACGUGGGGCAGAAAUGCUCAGCCCUGCCAGGGCUGCAGACUGGUGCCUCUCACAGAGAUGAAGCUCUGCUGUGGUCCUUGCUCCACUUGUGCCCUCUGGACAGUGCUGGGUGUGGGGUGCAGGCAGCUGGAUUCAGGCUCUGCCUUCUGCUGCUUGGUGUCUGCAUCCCCUCAGCUGGGAAGCCCUGGAGCCACAUGUGCCCUAGGAGCUCUGAGUUGCCUUGUCACAAGUGUCCUUGGAUUAAGACCAAAGCAAACAUGGCCAUUAAAAUGUUUUUUAAUUCA